AUGUCUCAUCUCGUCAACAUUCAACACCCGUGUCAUCGUCCGAGUCAUCAUUUUUCACCACCGGGACGCUCAUUGGACUGCACUUUGGAAGCUCCUGGUUCCUCUAGCCCAGUCGUACCGUCCCCUGCCAGUAUCCAGCAAAGUCGUCCCGGACCUGUGGCUAGAUGUGGAUCAGGGGUCUUCCAACUUGCCCCCUCAUGCAAGUAUAGUCACGAUAUUGUUCAUUCGCUGCCUGAUGUUGAUCCGAUUCACAGUACUGUGGACUACGUUAAUUUUCGCGAAAAUGGUCCAGUUGCGCCAUCUUUUGACAAGAGGAUAGCCCAGCCCGCCGACGACGGCGAGAAUCCUGUUUGCUUCAGCAUCGAAAAUGGACAACAUCCACCUAACGUAUUUGUCAGAGAAACGGAUUGCUCCACUCCGAGCCGCAAGGAAGAUAUCAUCGUCUUCUACCAAAACGCCGGUGGAAUGAAUUCUCAUGUUGAAGAGUACCGACUAGCUGUCUCAGAUCGCUGCUAUGAUGUCAUUGCCCUUUGCGAAACAUGGCUCGAUUCCCGAACAGUCUCCAGUCAAGUGUUUGGAUCCGAUUACGAGGUUUUUCGUUGCGAUCGGAACCCGAAUAAUAGCCGCAAAGCUAUCGGCGGUGGUGUUUUGAUAGCUGUCCGUCGCGGGUUAGAAGCCAGGGCUAUCGAGAACAAUGCAUGGAACUGUGUAGAGCAAAUUUGGACGGCCAUCAAGCUAAGUGAUCGCACACUUUUUCUUUGCGCUUUAUACAUCGCACCUGAUCGUGUCCGCGACAACGAUCUUAUUGAUGUCCACUGUCAAUCGGUGUACUCUAUUAUGAGAGGGGCGACUCCUCUAGAUGAGAUCAUCAUUCUGGGCGACUUUAACCUGCCAGGUAUAUCAUGGAAACCUGUCCAUAGCGGAUUUCUCUUCCCGGAUCCUGAAAACUCGACGAUUCACGCUGCUGCAGUAAACCUUCUCGACAAUUAUAGUGCUGCAAUGCUCCAUCAAGUUAACCAUGUAGUUAACGAAAACAACCGUUGCUUGGAUCUCUGUUUCGUGAGCUCAUUAGAAAAGCCCCCCUUCAUCACCGCAGCUCCAUGUCCGCUAAUUAAGCCAGUUCUGCACCACCCACCCCUGAUAGUCUGUAUUGAGGACAAGCCCCUUCGCGACUUCAUUGAAUUUCCCGCGGCUAUAUCCUACAACUUCCGUAAAGCUGAUAUGCAUAGUAUUAAUGGCGUAUUGUCCAGUAUUGACUGGGCAGAGAUACUUGACCCAGAGGACGUUGAAGCUGCGGCGCAAACCUUUUCACAUGUUCUGUUAUAUGUUAUAGAUCGACACGUCCCGAAAAGAAGUCACCGCAACACUUCUCACCCCUCUUGGUACACGAAUGAGUUGCGCAAACUGAAGUCAUUCAAAAGAGCAGCAUUGCGGAGAUUCACGAAGCAUCGCACGCUUUCGCUAAAACGUCAUUAUGCGAGAGUGAGCCACUUAUAUAGGCGAGCCAGUAGGCAAUGCUUUUCACGGCAUCAACAGAGCAUUCAACGGAAACUAAAGCGUCACCCGAAGUGCUUCUGGAACUAUGUAAACGAUCAACGCAGAGAGUCCGGCCUCCCGUCUUCUAUGGAGUAUAACGGGGAAAUCGCUGCCGCACCUCAGGAUAUAUGCCGUUCCUUUUCCAGCAAAUUUGCAAGUGUUUUCACUAACGAGGUAUUGAGCGUCGACCAUGUUGCCCUAGCAGCAUGCAAUGUUCCAAUUUAUGGUCAAACACUAGGUGCCAUUGAUGUCAACGUCGAGAAAAUCUCAAAAGCCGCUUCCAUGCUUAAGUCGUCCUUCAACCCUGGACCUGAUGGAGUACCUUCUGCAUUCCUGAAGAGACACAUAUCCUGUUUGUUGACGCCAUUGCUUUACCUAUUCCGAAUGUCUAUCUCUAGCGGCGUAUUCCCAUCAUGUUGGAAAUUUGCGCAUAUGUUUCCUGUGCAUAAAAAAGGUAGUAAACGAGAUGUGAACAACUAUAGAGGAAUCACAUCGCUCAGUGCAGUUUCAAAACUAUUUGAGUUGGUAAUCAUGGAACCUCUAUUGUCACACUGCAAACAAUAUCUAAGUGCCGAUCAACAUGGCUUCAUUUCCCAGCGCUCUACCACUACUAACCUGCUGUGUCUAACAUCAUACAUAACGGGAAGUAUGGACCACCGUGCUCAAACCGAUGUCUUAUACACAGACUUGUCGGCCGCUUUUGAUAAGAUAAACCAUGACAUCGCAAUUGCAAAAUUGCAUAGACUGGGCGUUAGCGACAACCUUUUGCGCUGGUUUCGCUCAUAUCUGACCAAUCGACAGUUGGUGGUUGCCAUUGGAGAUUGCAACAUGAACGUUAAAUAA